AUGAACAGCAGUUUCUCGCCGUCGCCAUACCGUGGGCCACCUUCGCCUGAGGUUGAUGAGGCGUGGGAGUCGCUAUCGAGAAGAGGGCUGCAGCCAAUGCGCAUCCCUCGGGACGACCUAUUUCGCCUGAACAAGACAUUGGACGAGAGCAUUAUUUUAUACGGUGAAGGCGGCAAUCAGUACGCUGAUGGGAUGCUGGAGGUUUUCCACCAAUUACACUGUCUUGACUCUAUUCGCAAAACAAUAUGGGGUAUUGAGCACUACCCCGAAGUAUUCGCGUCACUGUCUGCUAGAAAUCAUGUCGAUCACUGCAUCGAAAUUCUUCGACAGUAUAUUAUGUGCACUGCUGACGUCUCCGUCGUGACGUUUAAACGCGUUCUGUUCAAGAGCAUCCCCGAGCCAGAUUUUAGUUCAACCCAUGUUUGUCGAGAUUUCGAAGCAAUCAUGGAAUUUGUAGAAAACCGGACGCCAGCAUAG